AUGGCCGGAUUCGACACACGCACAUACACCCCGCGCGUAAAGGACAUCUUGAAGGAUGCCGACCUGUCUUCUAUCUCGGCAAAGAAGGUUCGCAAGACGUUGCAGAAGGAGUUCCGUGUCGAUCUGUCCGAAUACAAGGAAGCAGUUGAUGCAAUGAUCAUGGAGUGCUACAACGAGCUUGUUAACCAGGACCCGGAGGUGAAAGAAGAGGAACAUGACGUCAAAAUGGAGGAAGCAGGAGAAAGCGCGAACGAGUCGGGCAGCGAGGGACAGCGGAGAACUUCACGAGGGGUCAAAGACGAGCCUCAUGGAGAUAUGGACGCGGACGCUGCCUACGCCGCUCAGCUUCAGGCUAGCUUCAACUCCAGAAGAUCAACAAGAGCUGCGGACGGAAAAGCAAAACCAGCGAAGAAGAAGGCCAAAGUCAAGAGAAAAUCAAAGGCUGAAGUGAGCGGUGAUGAGGAUGAAGAUGCAGCUCCUAAGAAGAAGCGGAAGGUCAAUCCAAAUUCGGCAUUCAACGCACCGAUGGCAUUAUCCCCUACUCUCGCCGAACUUGUGGGUGAGAAAGAAUGCUCUCGACCACAGACUGUGAAGAAAAUAUGGGAAUACGUCAAAGGCAAUAGCUUACAAGAUCCUGCUGACGGGAGAUAUAUCAAUUGUGACGACAAGAUGAAAGCGGUUUUCAAAACAGCGAGAGUACACAUGUUCUCCAUGAAUAAGGUCCUCAGUGAUCACCUGUCUCCGGUGGAGAACGCUGGUGAAGUGAAAUCAGAAAUCAAAGACGAAUCGAAUUGA